AUUACAUUAUGGCUACAUAUCAGGCCAGCACGAGAGAUGUUUAGCAUGUCAUGUUUUAUAUGUUAAUGAAUGCAUUUAUGAACUGCGCUUGCUUACUCUUGUGUAACAACUGUAUUGGCCAUGUUUUGGAUUUGUAUCAUUUUGGUUGAUGACAACAUUCAAAGUUACAAGUGGGAUAUUCAUUUGACACAGAUGCGUUUGUAAUGUUUCUAUAAAAAAAUGUACUCCAUGUUUAUGUUUGAUAUAUUGUUUAUGUUAUGAUGGCGAGAUAUCACAUACUUUUCGAUCAACCAAGCUGCAGUUUGCCACAUAAUGUUAUAGACAUAUUGACAUUUUUGUGAUGAAAAUGUUACAUUUCUCCAUGAAGUUGUAUCUAAAUGGAGUAAAACAGAUAAUCCCAAAAUUUAGAACUUUUCAACCAUCAGAAUAUGAUAGAGAGACCCAAGGAAAUACAGUACAGUUGUCAAAUAACUGGUGUUUAGCUACAAUUUGUAUCUGGUGAAAUAGACCACUGCAAAAUCAGCCUACCUAAAGUUCAGUGACAUGGGUUCCUUCAGGGGGAUGGCUCAUAGUGCCAUAAGCCAGCGUCUGGUCGCCUGCCUCCUCAAUGUCUCAGAAGCCCGCAGGAAGGAAUUGGUGGAAACAGUGGCCAGGGCAGCUGUAUUUGACAGUAAUGGCGGACGGCGAGAAGGGACAACAGUGCUCAACAUCUUUAAUGACCAAGACUACAACCGGUCUGUCAUCACCAUCGUGGCCAGUAUUGACUGCAUCAAGGAGGCAGUGCUGUCUGCGUGUGAGCAGGCCUGUCGACUGAUUGACAUGAGUGCCUAUGCAGGCGGCCACCCAACGAUGGGCGCUGUGGACCUGGUGCCCCUCUACCCUCUGGGAGAGGAGGUGGGACUGGGGGACUGUGCCAAAGAAGCUAGAGCGGUGGCUGCUGGGCUGACUGAACGGGUCAGUGGCACCAGUGCUUUCUUCUUUGGUUGGGCAGACUCACCCCAGCACCGAGGCCUGGCGCAGAGACGCAAGGAGAUGGGCUGGUUCAGGAAGAAUCCAGACACAGGAGCCAUCCGACCAGACGUGGGGCCCCUGCCACAGAAACGAUAUGGCCUCACAGGCAUCGGAGCUAGUCCCUACGUCAUGAACUGCAACGUCACCAUCGACACCCAGGACCUGGCUCUGGGGCGCAGCAUCGCCAUGUCGAUUAGGGAGUCUACUCCUGGGGGGAUACCGGGGGUGCAAGUGCUGGCCCUGCCACACGAGGGUGCCGUGGAGAUAGCCUGCAAUGUGGAGAGCAUGAAGGGGAACCCUCCUAGCCAGGUUGGGGAGAGGGGCGAGCCGUGGCCCACCUUCAGUAUUGGUGGGCAGCUAUACUGCCACGCCCCAGCAUCUCUUAUCACAGCCAGGGUGGCAGAGCUGGCAGGACGGCAGGGGGUGGCCACUAAGGGCACGGCGCUGGUGGGGUUCACGCCCCAUGAGUGCAGAGGCCUGGCAGAGAGAGCUUUGUCACUGGGCAUCGCUGAGUUCUGGAAAGAACUGCGCAGGUUACACAUGUAACCUUCCAAACUUUACUACAAAACCUCAACGUUUUGUAUUAUUCAGGUUGAUUGAACGAAGAAUGUAAAAGGACAUGCAAGCUGUUAUCGGCAAGGUUUAAAGCAUAUGAAUUGCACAAAUGCACAACUAUUACACAACAGUUUUGAAUCUGUGGGCUCUGGAUUUGAUGUAGCACAUCUGAACAAGGAUAUUGUACAGAGAAUCUUAUUUAGUGUGGUGAUCAUGGUUGAAAACAUCCAUGCCAUAGUCCUUAACUGUGAUCAUCUUAAUAUAAGUACUCAUCAAGACACAAAGGGACAAAUUACCAAUUUAGAGUUGAGGUAAUACUUUUUUGUAAAUCAUUUAACGAUGUCAGUGGGAUACUUACACAAUUUAUUUUGUUAAGCGUGCAUAUCUCAAGUCAGAAUAACACUGAAAGUGCUGCAAAAUGUUGCAAUUUAUUGUUCUAUUUAACAGGUUAAUCCUUCUUUAUUUGACUUCUACUAAUCUAUAAAGAAUAAACAUGACUUUACUAUAACUUUACUAUUUUCAUAUUAUUGUUUAUAAUUCUACCAAAAAAUAUAUAUAAUCAUGAAAUCUAUUGAAGGUGCGUUCUGUAACAUUCUCAUGUUCAAAAAUCUAAAACUACCAUUAAUAUUGGACUCAAUGAGAGUAAAAAAAGCAACUGUGUAUCCAGACCAAAGUGUGUACACACCUUGUGUUGUAAGACGUGGUCUAGCGUAAGCCAGGAAAGUUCUGGCCACCUUCAGACAAACAAAUGUGCACACUGUUUGGCAUGGUAGAGGUCUUCGCCGAGACGUGUCAAAACGCAUAGACAUUUGUUUGCUCUGUCUAUUUACGUUUUUAUUGCCUUUUGUGAUUGGAUUUAAAAUUACCAUGUUGAUAGAAAUGGCUCACUCCAAAAGUGGUCAAGGACAGGGUUAAGUUUAGGGCUGGUACUUAAGCUAUUCAAGAUAAUAUUUUCUCAUGUCCACCACUUUGGAAUUUGGGCGAUGGUCAGGUCACUUCCUGUUUGGUAUAAAUAUGGAACUGUGUUUACAGAUGGGUCCUUGGUAAUUUCCUGUAAUUUAGCAUACAUCGCUUUUAGUCAGUCAGUCUGCUGAAGGCAAUUUUUGCCAUCCAAGAUACAGAUGCAUAAUAUCCUAGAGAAUUGAUGUUAUGUAUUCAUAUAGGGAAUAGUUUUUGCAUGCGCUUUCACUAUACGUUCAACUAAUUGCAAUAUGUAUGCCAAUUAAAUGAAUCUAUACUGAACACAAAUAUAAACACAACAUGUAAAGUGUUGGUCCCAUGUUUCAUGAGCUGAAAUAAAAUAUCCCAGAAAUGUUC